AUGCUUUAACUGAUAUUAUAAGAAAUUAGCCUUUCUUUGGCAAUAUCAUUUCUAGGCUAUUUGUAUGACUUUGUGACUGAAUUCAACACUUUGUAGAUGUGUUUGCUCCCCUUCGAAAGACUAUUGGGGAAGCAAUACAACUUAUGUCUUUCUUUACAAAAGAUAUUCACCUUCAUCGUAGAUGUGAAAUGCUGAGUUAAGGAAACUAAGACAGCACAAUUGCUCAUGAUUGUAAAUAUUAGUCCUUUAUUGCUCAAGACCAUGGAAUUAUAUAUUUGCCUCUAAUACUGUAUCAGGGAUGUUGCUAAGAAGAAAGUCUUGCUUGGGAUAGGUGGCGGACAUUACGUGACUUGGCAUAUGUACAUUGUCCAAUAAGACGUCUUUUAACUUUUUAAUCCUCCUUAAUGCUACAAGUCUUUUCGUGCCGUUAAUAUCCAUGAAUAUACUACCUGUUCUGAUUAGAGAUAUAUACCGAAGAAAAAUAAGAUCUUUUCAAGUUGGAACAUCCCAAUCCUCAUUUUUGGAAAUACCAAAUCUGCUAGCAGCAGCGUUCUAUGUGUUUUCUUUGGUAAUUAAUUCAAUAGCUUGAUACAGACUGCUCCAUGAAAGUAACGUCUGUGCAAGUUGCUCAAUCAUCAAGUCGUGGAUAGUUUGCUGAAAUUUUAUAAUGUUUUGCUAACGAGUCGUUUGGUUCAUUGAUCUCAUAUUGAGUCCUGCCCUGAAAUUGGCUUCUUGAUCUAUGUCCUAUUAGGCUCGAGUUAGUCAUCUUCGCUUCUUAUCAUCCUGCAUGAAGCUAUACGUCAAUUCUUGCUGGCAGCAUACUAAUGACCUGUUGGUCAUUUCAGUUCUUUUUUUUUUAGCGCAAAAAGAAGGGUCUUUGAGUUUGUCUGAUAACUUGCCUGUCAUUUUCUUUUUAGGUUAGGUUGCAUUAUAGUAGUGUACUUGAUCUGUUUUUCCACCUUAAAGUAUUUUCAUGAGCAUUUUGUUUCAUAACAAAGGCUUGUGUGGUGUACCUUCUUCGCAUGUCCUCUAUUUUGUAUAAAAUGACGGCUUGUCCACUGGUGGUAAACUUGCCAUAGCCAUAUCAUGUCUUGUUGUGUUCCAUGUGCUGCUUUUGGUGGUAUACAUAUGCUGCAAAAGAAGGGAAGGCAUCAUUAUGACUUUGCACUGCCCUUAUCUCUAAGGGUUGGUUUUAGAUAGAACAUUCGCUUGUUCAAUUUGCAGUAGGAACAGAAAUUAAAAGAAAUCACCACAUCAAAUCCUGAACACAACCAAGUAAGUAUUCUUGUCCUAUCAUAUUAUUAUUCCUUUUUGUCACAUUCUGUCAUUAACACAUUUUUUUUCUGGCAUUUAUACACAGCACUCUCGGUGGUAGUCAUGGUGCACUAAAAGUACACUACAAGGGUCGACAGGGUGAUUUAUAUGUCAUGAUGUUGAUUUGAAGAAGUGAAAGCAUAUUCCAGUCCCCCAUAGUUAAAUUGACUUGUUCUCGGGAUAAAUGGAGGCUCCAAAAGAUAAUAUCAUCGUGCAUAAUGUUGAUGAAGAAUUUGAAUUUAGAAUUGGUAUGGUGUUUGCUAAUGAGGACGAAGCUUAUAAUACAUACAAUGCAUAUGCAAUUUGCAAGGGAUUUGGAGUGCGAAAAGGACAAAAAGCAAGUAAUAGCAAAGGAAUAUUGCGACGAUGCAAAUUUGUUUGUAAUUGUGAAGGACACUCUCCACCAAUCCCACCUCAUGAACAAAGAGAUGUUUAUAGGACAGUGAAGAGAACUGGAUGUCAAGCUUGCAUUAAAUUCGUAAUUGAAGAUGGAGUUUGGGUAGUUUCCAAGUUUGAGGAUGUCCAUAAUCAUCCCUUCAUUGAAGACAAACAAAAACAUCUUAUACGAUCAUAUCGACGCAUCACGGACACUAGUAAAGGUAUAUUGACUUCCAUGGCAGGGGCUGGUAUAAGGGCUACAAAAGCAUAUACCUACCUUAGCGGUGAAGCGGGGGGGCCAGAAAAUGUUGGCUUCACAUUACGUGAUUGUCAAAAUUUCUUGCAAUCCAAAAGAAGGAACUUGAUUAGUGCAGGGGAUUGUCAAAGUCUUAUUAACCAUUUUAAUUACUUACAAUCAAAUGGAAGCAAUUUUUCUUAUACAUUUCAAUUGGAUGAGGAACAGAGACUGACCAAUUUCUUUUGGUCCGAUGGUGUAUCCAAGUUGGACUAUGAAAGUUUUGGCGAUGUGUUGGUAUUUGAUACCACUUACCGUACAAAUAAGUACAAUAUGAUAUGUGCACCAUUUGUUCGCGUGAAUCAUCAUUGGAAAAAUGUGAUAUUUGGUUGUGCUUUUUUGUCGGAUGAAACUAUUGGUUCUUUUGUUUGGGCAUUUCAAUCCUUUUUAGAGGUGAUGGGUAAUAAAGCACCCAAGACUAUUUUCACAGAUCAAGAUCAUGCCAUGGCAAAUGCUAUUAGAACUGUUUUUCCGAAUUCUGAUCAUCGCUUAUGUGUAUGGCAUAUUGCGAAAAAUGCUACACAUCAUAUUGCACAUCUUCUUGGAAAGCCAGAUUUUCGUGAUAAAUAUUGGCAAAAGCUUCUAUAUGAUUGUGAAUCUGAACUGGAACUGGAGAACAUUUGGAAAGCAAUGUGUCAAGAGUGGAGCUUGGGUGACAACAAGUGGUUGGAUAGUUUGUUUCAACUGCGUCAUAAAUGGUGUCCUGCAUUUGGCCGUGAUUUCUUUUCUGCAGGAAUUAGAUCUACACAGAGAAGCGAAAGCACGAAUAGUGUCUUUCAAGAUAUGGCAUGCAAGACCAUGACUUUGACUGAAUUUGUCAAACAUUAUGAAAAGCAAUCUGAAAAAAUGCGCAAUACUGAAGUUGUUGAUGAUUUUGAGUGUGCUCGAGGAAAGCCACGAAUUAUGGUUGACAAUGCAAUUUUGAAACAUGCUGCAAGCAUAUAUACUCAUGUCAUUUAUAGGAAUUUUCAGGUUGAGUUCAUGCAUGUUUUGUCUGUACAUGUUCUUAGAUCAGAAACUGAUGGGCCGUUGCACACUUAUAUCGUGGUAACCGGAAGUAGUGAACGGAAGCACAUUGUCCAUUUUAGUUCAAGUGAUUCUACCAUUACAUGUAGCUGCAAAUUAUUUGAAAUGCAAGGAUGGUUGUGUAGGCAUACUUUAUGCAUCUUGACCCGUGUUGUAAAUGUUAUAAGCAUUCCAUCACAAUACAUUUUGAAGAGGUGGACAAAAGUCGCAAAAUUAGGGACUUAUUUUGAAGACAUUGCACAAAGCUCUCAUUGUGCGGUUAAAUCAAAGACAUUGCGUUUGAAGAGGUUGAUGCGGUUAGCUUUCAAUGUUAUGAAUGACGGUGCCAAUCAUGAUGUUACAGAGGAGCUUGCAACUACAACCUUGUAGCGUCUUCGCUCCCAAAUCACAAAUAAAAUGCAAUCUUUAACGGGUAAAGAUCAUGUUGAUUUCUUGGUGGAAGGUGAUGAAGUUGAAUAUGCAGAAAAUUGUGGAAUUCAAGUACUUGAUCCACAUCGGAGAAGGCCAAAAGGUGUACCAAAUACUCGGAUCAAGGGCGUUACGGAAAAGAGAAAGAGAAAAGCGUCUUCAUUCAUAGGAGGCACCUUGCACAAGGUAUGAUGCUUGUUUAAUGUGAUAAAAUGAUUCCAUCAAUUAUUUUAGCUCAUUUUUGCAUGAAGUAAUUCUAAACUCUCCUUUUUUUGCAGGAUUGACCUUUGACAAAAUUUGUAGUUAUUAGUGUAGGUAGUUAACUAACUUCAGUUAGUGCAACUUUGGGUCUUUUUGCUAUAAGUAUGCACUUCUACGUGGGGUAGGAUCGAUUUGCAAACUGUUUUUGGGACUUGUACAGUUCACUGCUCCUUCUAGAAUCAACAAUGGCAUAUUUUGAUGUUGAAUUGUUGAUGAAUAGAACAAUCUGCUUUUGGGUGUAAGCAGUGGCAUCGCUGUGUCUACAGUGAUGAAGUACGCAGACAAUAUUGUGAAGGUAAGACAUCUUUUGCAUAUGGCAUCAAAGAAUGAAACGUUAUACCAAAUUUACUGGAGGUUGUUUGCUAUCUUCAGACAGUCAGCUUAAAUUUUUGCAGAGUCUAGUGCUGGAAAUGCAAACCAAGUGGAUCUUUUUGGGCAGGACUUGAUUGGAGAUCUGUUGGAUGGACCAAUAUCUGUUCUGACUAAUGCUUCUUCCUUCAAUGAAAAUUCAUCUGAGGUUGACCUUUUUGCUGAUGCAAGUUUUGUUUCGGCACCUCCUUCGGUAGAAUCAUCUGAGAAGAAGUUGAAAUAGUCUUGAGUUUUUUAAUUGUGGACUAUCUGGUGCUGCUUACUACUGCCCUUGUAACUCACUCUUGCUAUCCUUUCACUGCAAGGAAGAAUUUGAUCUCUUAGGGGCAGCUACUCUUUUUUUCAGUCACAAGCUAACAUCGAUGAUU